GUAUUGUAUGAAUUGAUAUAUGUGGGUAUUCUCAGAUUUGAAUAAAUCAGUCUUUGUCUCGAACUUGUGUUUGACUUACGUGUCCCAAUGCAUAACAUGGCGCAGCCGAAGGAUUUCUAAAUAGAACCUUGUUAACGAAUUAGUAGUAUCGGAAUACUAAUUGCGAUUCGGACUUAAAAAGUGAUUUGUUUAUGUAUUGUGUGUUUACGCCGGGCGUAGAUAUUGUGUUACCGUUGAAAAAUGGAAUCGUUGUUGCCUCCACCGCCGCCAUUUACUUUUUUGAACAAUGAACAAAAUGUAACUUCUGGAAACGUUUCAAAAGACUGGGAGAAGUGGAAAAAAUCAUUUGAAAUUUAUUCCGUCGCGUGUGAACUAGGGAAAAAGGACGCAAAAGUGCAAAUAAAUAUUUUAUUACAUGUCAUUGGUGAGCAAGGACGUGAAGUGUAUGAACAAUUUAGUGACACGUUUACAGAUUUAAAAAGUUUACUUAGCAAGUUUGAUUCUUUCUUCUUGUUGCGGAAAAAUAUCACUGUACAAAGACAUUCGUUUUUUACGCGCGAUCAGAAAGAUGGAGAAUCAAUAGAACAAUACUCGUUUGAACUGAAAAAAUUAGCUAAUAAAUGUGAGUUUAAGGACUUGUGCGACGACUUGGUACGAGACAGGUUGAUUUGUGGCAUUAAAGACACUGCAAUAAGGGAACGGCUACUUCGGGAACCUACUCUGACGCUUCAAAAAGCGAUUGAUAUCUGUAAUAUAGCACAGAUGUCACGCGUGCAAGCAGGCACCAUAAAAAAGGAGUCGACAGAACAACACGCUUAUUACAUCGGUAGUGGCAGUGCACAGGAGGAAGUUGCAGAUGUACAUUUUCUAUAUCGACGUGGAGGAGCGGCUAGCAGAGGUCGAGGUCGGGGUGGCUGGCGAGGCGGGCGCUUCGCUCGACCACCGCUCGCGCGACCCCCGUCUGCCGCUCGCCCCGCCGCCGCCGGAUCAGCUGUGCGGCGACCAUAUGAUCAACGAGAUAACGGAAUGCGCGCUGCCUGUGAGAUGUGUGGAGUGUCCCAUGAUAGUCAGAGAUGUCCAGCUUAUGGAAAAAGGUGCUUGCGGUGCAAUCGGUUAAACCACUUUUCGCGUGUUUGUCGCGUGUAUGAAUUGAGCGCCGAAGAUAACACCGAUCAGGUAAUUUACUAUUUCAAUAAUAACAAUAGUAGUGAUUGGUCAGUUACAGUAAGCAUAAAUAAUAUCGAAAUAUCGCUUAAAAUUGAUACAGGUGCAGAUACGAAUGUAUUGCCUUACAGUUACUUGGAAAAAAUUGGCUAUAAUAAACAAGAUAUUUUACCUACGCUAGCUAGGUUACGUGGGUAUUCUGGCGGCGAGAUCAAAGUAUUAGGUAGAUGCAACUUAAAGUUGAGGCACAGGAAUAAUGAUUAUAUUUUAAAAUUCAUAAUAGCCGAUACAGAUUCACCUCCGAUUUUAGGUCGCGAUUCUUGUCAGGAGUUAAAUGUGGUAAAGUUAAUACUUUCAGUAGACUCGCACAAAGACUUUAAAACUAAAUUUUUAGAAGAAUACGCGGACGUGUUUGAAGGUAUUGGUUGUAUGCCGGGUGAGUACAGGAUAGCGUUAGACGACAGUGUACGUCCUGUAGUACAUGCACCGCGGAAAUUGCCUGUAGCCCUUAAGGAACAAAUAAAGCUUAAAUUAGACGAAAUGGAGAGACAACAAAUUAUUGCGAAAGUUGAAGGGCCAACUGAUUGGGUAAACAGUAUGACCGUGGUUAAGAAACCUAAUGGGGACUUGCGUAUUUGUCUAGAUCCGAAGGAUCUAAACAAAGCGAUCAAGCGGGAACACUAUCGAUUACCUACAAUCGAUGAGAUAACAGCCAACUUGACAGGUGCGAGAUUCUUUAGUACACUAGAUGCAAAAAAUGGGUUUUGGCAGUUAAAACUGAGUCAGGAAAGUACUAACUUAUGAACAUUUAAUACGGCCUUUGGUAGGUAUAAGUUCCUAAGGCUACCGUAUGGUAUCACGUCAGCGUCUGAAGUAUUUCAUAAAAAGGUUUUUGAAUGUUUUGAUGAUUUAGGAUGUGGAAUCUGUUUGUUUAUAGAUGAUUUGUUGAUAUUCGGGCGCACCAGGGAGGAACACGAUACACGGCUUAGAAAGGUACUUGAUAGGUGUAGGCAGAUAAAUCUAAAAUUGAAUUUAAAUAAGUGUAAAUUUGCAUUGUCUGAAAUAAAAUACCUUGGCCAUAAAAUUACUCAAAAUGGGAUUUACCCAGACGAGUCGCACACGUCAGCGAUAAAAAAUAUGCCAAAACCCGAAAAUCACAAAGAUCUAGAACGUUUCUUAGGCCUUGUGAAUUACAUAGGAAAAUUUGUAAAAAAUAUGUCUGAAAAAACGCAUCAUUUAAGGCAAUUAUUAAAAAAAGAUAUUGAGUGGCAUUGGGACAGCUCUCAUCAACAAGCUUUCGAUCAGAUCAAGAAAUGCCUGACAGAGGUACCGGUGUUACAGUACUUUGACGUAAGUAAACCUGUAGUUCUAUCGGUAGACUCUAGUAAAAACGGACUUGGAGCUUGUCUUCUUCAAAAUAAUCUUCCCGUAAGCUAUGCUUCAAGGUCGUUGACAAAGGCGGAGCAAAAUUACGCGCAAAUAGAAAAAGAAUUAUUGGCAUGUGUGUAUGCGUGUGAGAAAUAUUAUUCUUAUAUAUAUGGCAAACAUGAUGUGACUAUUGAAACGGAUCACAAGCCAUUGGUAAAUAUAAUAAGCAAACCAAUUGCAGAUGCUCCCGCAAGACUCCAAAGAAUGUUACUACGAUUACAGUUGUACACAUUUAAAUUGGUAUAUAAACCCGGCCGGUUUUUGUAUAUAGCGGAUACGUUAUCGCGAGCCGUAGACCCCGCGAGCGCAGGUACCGAGCCCGCCGCCGCCGCCGCCGCCGAUUUCAGCACGGACGCGCAGGUGUGCGCUGUGCUCUCCUGUAACCCGCUUACAGAUACUCACUUUUUACAGCUGCAAAGACUUACACAGUGUGAUAAUGAAUUAAAAUGUAUAAUAAAAUAUAUUAAAGAAGGAUGGCCAAACAACAAAAAUAAUUGUGAUGAUUGUGUUAAACCAUAUUG